AUGACUUCAUUAAUAGAGAAUAUCAAGUCCAGAUCACACGAGUUGGAUCCAUGUACUCAAUCCAACUACACCCAAUUUCAAGUUAAGCACACCACCUUAACCCUUGGUGUUUCCUUUGAAGACAAGGUGUUGACCGGUACUGUUGUGUUUGAAUUAGUCAACAAAAGCAAGACCGAUUCAGUUAUUCUUGACACUGCCGCAUUAGACAUUUCUCAAGUUAAGGUCAACUCAGACGUCACUCCAUUCAAGCUUGCUCCAGCUGUUCCAAUCUAUGGUUCUGCAUUACACAUUCUGAUCCCCACUAACGAUUCCACCGUUAAGGUUGAAAUCGAUUUCCGCACCACUGAUAAAUGUACCGCCAUACAAUUCAUCGCUGGUGACACUGGUCCAUAUGUGUUCUCCCAAUGUCAAGCCAUUCACGCGCGUAGUCUUUUCCCAUGUUUCGACACUCCAGGAGUGAAGUCUACAUACACAUUCACGGCCAAGUCUCCUUCCCCAUGCACCAUGUCUGGAAGACCUCGUGCCAGCUCGGAAGCUGGGGUAUACCAUUUCGACCAGCCAAUCCCUAUUCCAUCCUACUUGGUGUCAUUGACCUCCGGAAACCUCCUCAAGGCACCCAUUGGGCCAAGAUCCGAUGUUUACUGUGAGGAACCAAACCUUAAGGCCUGUCAAUGGGAGUUCGAAAAGGAUAUGGAAAACUACAUUCAAAUUGCUGAAGCCUUGAUUUUCGACUAUGAAUGGGACAGAUUCGAUUCCUUGGUUCUCCCUAGUUCUUUCCCUUAUGGAGGUAUGGAGAUCCCCAACAUGACCCAAUUGACACCAACGUUAAUCUGUGGGGACCGUACCCAAACCAAAGUCAUGGCCCAUGAGUUGUCCCAUUCCUGGAGUGGGAACUUGGUCACCAAUUGCAGCUGGGAACAUUUCUGGUUGAACGAAGGGUGGACCGUGUACUUGGAAAGACGUAUCUUGGGUGCUAUUGCUGCCAAGGAGAGAAACUCGGCUGAGUACGGGGAACAAGUGAGACAUUUCAAUAUGAUUAUUGGCUGGAACGGAUUAGUGGAGAGUGUCAAUGGCAUGCCUGCCAAGUUCACCAAGUUGGUAUGGGACUUGCAAGGACAAGACCCAGAUGAUGCGUUCUCCAAGAUUCCUUACGAAAAGGGGUUCUUCUUUUUGUUCCAUCUUGAAACUAAGUUGGGUGGAUUGAAGGAGUUUGAUCCGUUUAUCAAGCACUACUUUAAGAAGUUCAGAUAUGGAUCAUUGAAUAGUGCUCAGUUUGUGGAAACGUUGUAUGAAUUUUACGAGCCAUUGGGCAAGAAGCAAGUUUUGGACAGUAUUGACUGGGACACUUGGUUAUUCAAAGAAGGUGUUCCUGAAUAUCCAAAGUUUGAUACUACUUUAGCCGAUCAAGUUUACUCAUUAGUUGACAAGUGGGUCGCUUAUGUCGAAAAGGGUGGAGAAUUCACCUUCUCAGAAGCUGACGUGCAAAGUUUCGAAGGUGAACAAGAAAUGUUGUUUUUGGAAACCUUGGUGGAAAAGUUUAAACAAACUCAAGUCACUCCUGAAUUGAUCCGUAAGAUCCCAAGUGUGUACCCAAAGUACUCUGCCAGUGGUAAUGGUGAAUUCAUUAGUCGUUGGAACGAGUUGUUGAUCACGUUUGGAAAGUACAGUGCUGGUGAAGAAGUUGUGCAAAAGUUUGCAACUUGGUUAGGGUCUGUCGGAAGAAUGAAGUACGUUAGACCAGGUUACAAGUUACUCAGCUCCGGUGUCAGUCUCGAGUUUGCCAGAGAAACAUUUGCCAAGUAUGAACAAAACUACCAUCCAAUCUGUCAUGCCAUGGUCAAGAAGGACUUACAAUUAGUUUAA